CACAAACGUACGAAUGCUCAGGAAGUAGACUUGCUCGAUGUCAACUUUGCCUCGAAAUGCAAAUGUAUUCGAAACUAUGCCACAUUUUCAAGACUUAAGCAAUAAUCGACUAUAAGUCAUGCCGGCUCAGCCCACUGCGAGGGAAUCAGAAGAGGAGAUGGAGGCCGACCCUGAGUUCCCUCAGACAAAUGGUGAGAUAGAGGAGGAACGAGAGAGAGCAGAGGAGACAAUGGAGGAGAGUGGAGAAGACCGGGAGAGUGAUCUGGAGGAGAGUGAGGCAGAGGAGGAAGAAGAAGAAGAGGAAGAAAGUUCAGAAAUGGAUGGUGAAGAUUGCGAGAGAAGACGAACACAAUGCCUAGACGAAAUGUCUGACUUGGAAAAACAAUUCAUGGAGCUAAAAGACAAACUGUUUCAAGAACGCCUGAACCAGGUCAAAAUGAAGCUGGAUGAGGUUUUAACAGGGAAGGCAAGAGAGUACAGAGAUCCUCUGGCAACACUGCAACAAAACCUACAGCAGGGAACACAAGUUGCAGGUGUGUAUAGAGAACUCUGUCUGCAGGUGGUCAGACACAAACAUGAAUGUGAGGUGCAGGGGGCAAGACAACAUCUAGAGAGUGAGAAGACACUCUUGUUUGAUGCCAUAAAAACAGAACUGCUGGAGAAGAUACGCAGACUUGAGGAGGACAAACAGAGCGUAGACAUUACAUCAGAGUGGUGGAAUGAUGAAGUGAGGAUGAAGAAGUGCAAGAGGAGACGUCACCCGAUUCGCCCGGAGAGGAAGAGGAAAGCAGCACUAGUGUCAGGGCCGUACAUUGUGUAUAUGCUGAGAGACAUUGAUAUAUUGGAGGACUGGACGGCCAUUAAGAAGGCUAAAGCAGCGCUGAUUCCCUUGAAAAAGAAGGCAGAGAACAGACAGGUUUCAGUGAGAUGUGAAGGUGGGGCUCUAUUCUAUGAUGGAGAGAGAUUCUCCAAAGGCAGCAGCGUCGUUCUAGAAAUCAGCGACGACAGCCCAGCACAGGCUGUAAUAACAGGGAUCAGCGCAGGAGAGAUCUGGUUCAAGCACACAGAUGGCAGCAAAACCAAAAUCUACGUCUCCCAGCUUCAGAAAGGCAAAUACACCAUACGAAAGGCUUAGAGCCUAGUGCAGACACUCGGAGAGUGUGUGUACCUACUCUUUAGUAGUUACCAAAUAACACACAUGCACACACUUGCAGACACCUAUAAAAUUGUGGAUAAUAUGAUGCUUUGCACUGGUAUUAAGUAGACCAGAGACUGUCCCAAAUUAACAAAUUUACAUUUGUUACUCUUAUGACAAACAUAUUACAUAUUAUAUGCACUAGUACUGCACAAAAACAAUUUCCAGUGCAGCAGUUCAAUAACUAAUACACGUGAAUACUGUUGACCAAAUAUUUUAACAGCUUUGAAUGAUAACAGACCAUAUAUUUCUAGACUUACAUUUGAUUUCCCCAAACCAAGUACAUUUAUAAUACUGACCUUGUAUGAAGUCUUGAUAUGCACUAGGAUCACAUAAGGUUUGUUGGAUAAUUUAAGCAAUAUGACACAAGCAAAACUACUGAAUAUCAGCACAGCUGUAGGCACGUAAUGAAUUCACCUCAUAGUUUCACUUGAAGUGACAAUUCCCCCCAAAUAAAAAAUCUGUCAUCAUUUACUCACCCUCGAGUUGUUCCAAAUCUGUAUAAAAUUCUUUGUUCUGAUGAACACAGAGAAAGAUAUUUUGAAGAAUGCUUGUAACCAAACAGUUCUUGGCCACCAAUGACUACCAUAGUUGGAAAAAUUACAAUGGCAGUCAAAAGUGCCCCAGAACUACAUUCCUACAUUCUUCAAAAUACCUUCUUUUGUGUUCAACAGAACAAAUGACAUUUAUAAAGCAAAUUUGACUUCUUUCUUGUUCAUCAGAACAAAGACAUUUAUACAGAUUUGGAACAACUCGAGUAACUAGAGUAAAUGAGAUGGAAUUCUCAUUUUUGGGUGAGCUGUUCCUUUUACAUUAGUGUGAAUUUUUUUCUCCAUUAACACAAUAGUUCCAAAAGAAGCCGAAGCCUCAAGCAUAAUAAUAUGAAAUUCAAAGUCCAGCUUGGAUACACUUAAAACAUCACAUUUGUUGCAAAACCUGCUCCUUUCGAAUGAUCUGUUUUAAUGCAGAAAACACAAUCAACCACUGCACAUCAUAAAAAUACAAAUUGUAACAGAUUUUUUCUGUACAUCUUGCAAGACUGUUGUUCUAAUAUUUAUAGACAUCUGUAAACUGAUCUGAUGACUGGGAGGUGCUUUUUAAGACAUAUUUAUGAAUUGUUCAUGAUAACCAUGUAUUUAUAACAAGAAGCAUUAUUAAAAUCUAAUCUUUU